AUGCCAUGGCUGAAGAGACAUCUAACUAACUAUGCAAACAUGCCCAUUCUUCCAACAGUGCUUCGUGUUUUAAAGCUCAUUGAAUGUGUUAUCUGCCUUGAUGUCUUCAAGUUGUCUGCCUUGAUAAUAGUUAUUCAAAUUAUCCUCCUUAAUUAUUCAAACCAAAGUCGCUUUUUUUUUUUUAUCUCUCUCUUGCAAUCCUCGCUGAGUCAGCAUAUCAACGCCCUUUUCGACUCUUUUUCUUUUGCUAUCAAAAACGACAAAAACGACCGAACUGCGAGACGACGACGGAGACGACGAAGGGCGGCAAAAAGGAGCGACAAAAGAAGCGACAAAAGGACCAGAGAGAGCGACGGGAUGCCUCCCUUCCAGUCGAAGAAGUUCCGACCUUCGACGACGGCCGCCUCGUCGCUGGGCGAGCGCCUGGGAGCGCGGUACCGGGCCAACCUGUCUCGACACCCCUUCUUGCUCUUCGGGCUUCCGUUCGUGAGCGUGAUGGUGGCGGGCUCGUUCUUCCUGACCCCGGCGACGGCGCUGCGCUACGAACGACACGACCGGCGGGUGCAGCAGCUGGGCAAGGAGGAGGCGAUGGCCCUGGGGCUGCGCGGCGCGGACGAGGACGCCAGCCAGGUGCGCCGGAACCCGCGGCGGCGCAUCCUGGGCGACGAGCGCGAGGAGUACUACGUAUGCUACCCUACCUUCUCUACUGCUUGUGUGAAUCCUGGCUGA